AUGAUUGUCAAGCCAAAAAGAGCAAUUAAAUCAGCCAUAAGAGGAGGAAAGAUAUUUUUUGUUGGAACCAAGUUCGACUCAAAUUUUGAUUGCGAGGAAAUCUAUGAUGAUAUCAGGUUAUUGAAUGGAGACGAGUGGGGAGCUUUUCAGGAUAGGGAACGAAAAUUCAGAGCGCUUUUUGCUUCGAAAAGGACGAACCACGGAGACUUUAUUUGUCGUGGAAUUAUUGGUGACUGGAUUAAAGUUGCAAAGAUAUUAUCGGGGAUAUUUUACCAAAACAACAAGUUCUUGGCCAAGAGGGUGAAUGGGUCGCAGUGGAGCGUGAACUUUUUGAAAUUUGUUUGCCGUGGUUUGCGACUGUUCCCAAGGGAUGACAAUUAUUGCAUAAAUAACGCUGUGGAUAGAAUUGAGUACAUAAGUAAACAAUUGAAAUACAUUAACAAUACAAUCAUACCAUUCUUAUCGUCAAAAAGAAGAGAGAAUAACAAUAGCGACGAAGUAUCAAAGGAAAAGCUGACCUGUUUGUGGUUACAGCGAAGGAAGAAGGCGAUAGCUGUAAUAAGGAACAACGGCUAUUGGCCUAACAUCGAGAAUGCUAUAAUUUCAGUGCAACGGAAUGAGGAUUAUUACGCUCAGUCGAGCAAAUGUGCUGAUUCUAAUGGCUUUGAAGGUGUUGUACCUCCAUUCUUUGAUCGUGAGGAGGCAUUGGCAUCUGUGAAUUAUGGUCAUUUUUUCAGCUAUGAUGAGAUUGAAUCUACUGUGAAAGGCUGCCCCAGUGGGAAGAGUUGUGGUGCCGAUGGGGUUACUUACGAGGACAUGAAGGAAAUGUUUAGCGAAAAUGGGUAUGUUUUUGUGAAUAUCUUGAACGUUGUGCUUGUAAAUUUGCGAAUACCAACAUCAUGGAAAAAGUCAAUUGUUCAGCGAAUCCCCAAGAAGAAUUUUAGUAUCACUGAUUUGUCAACGCUUAGGGAUGUAUCUCUUUUACCCACUUGUUACAAGGUGUUUUCGAAAGCAAUCUGUAAACGAAUCACCCCACACAUAUCCAAUGAGAUUGCUUUUUGGCAGCGUGCCUUCCUGCCCGAUCGUGACAGACAGGAAUUGAUUUUUAGUUUGAAAGCCGCAAUGGAUGAUUUCAGACACUUAAGUACAAAGUUUUGUGCAGUUUUUGUGGAUUUUGCGGAUGCGUUUGGGAGCAUUGAGCAUAGUUUUCUUUUUGAAACUCUCCGGGAAUUUGACAUUCCUUUGAUUUAUUGUUGCUUGGUCGAAGAUCUAUACCGUUACUCUUCGUUUUCUGUGAUUUGUGGGUUUGAAUUGAGUAAAGAGUUCAAUAUAAUCAGAGGAACAAAGACAGGUGACCCUUUGAGUGCACUUUUAUUCAUAUUGGUGAUUGACAGAGUAUGCAAGCCUAUGGUAAAAGAGGCUGUUAUCAGGCAGGGCAUCGAAGAUGAAAGAAGGAUUAAUCCAUGUCCAUUGCAAGCUUUUGCGGAUGAUGUUGUUGUUGUCAGUUAUGACGUAACGAUUAUAAAUGAGAUGUUUGAUAUUGGACAAGUUGCCAUGAAGAUAGCAGGUUUAGAAGUGAAACCCAGUAAAUGUGCAGUUAUGUAUGCAAGGAGGUCUGGGAAUAACUGGUACAAAGGCAAGGCAGAUAAAAAGCCAACUGUGUCAAUUCAAGGAAAUGUCAUCGAAGUUUAUCCCCGUGACAAGUCCUAUAAGUAUCUUGGAAAGUCUCUCUCACUUUUCGGCGAAGAUGCUGUGCAAGUGUAUAAAGUUAUAGAAAGUUAUAAAGAUUUAUUGGAAAAAAUAACAAGCUGCAAAUUGCCCCUUGCUCUAAAGGCUAGUGCUUUAAAUAACUUGGCUCUCGCGAAGAUUCUCCACCAUUUUUACAAUACAAGGUUUACAGAGGAGCAGUUGGAACUCAUGGAAAAGUCCUUGGUGAAGGCAGUUCGAAAUAUGUACGAUUUGUAUGAAACAACAACACAGCUCAUCAUCUUCUUACCACGCGAGCACGGAGGGAUUGGAGUUAAGCGUGUGUCAGAUGUGUAUAGGUCAACAAGGGUUGCAUUUCUCAUUAAGAUGUUGAAUCAUCCCCAAUUACAUUUCAAGAACAUUGCACGUCAAUCCCUUAAUUUGGAUAUGGAAAAACGGAAAGUUGCUUCAACAGAUAAUGAUAUGAACUUCCUUGGGUUUGAGAUUAGUGAAGACGGCUACCUGAAUAGUCGUACCAAAUUUGGGUGUCAAUCAGAUUGGCCAGAUCUUCUGAGAUAUGCUAGAAAGCUAGAUGUUUCCAUUGAGUUCAGGCAAGGAAAGGCUGGAGUAAUUAUUAAUGGUGAAUUUUUUGAUGAAGGUGCUCCACUUCAAAAGUUGCUAUUCAAACAGACAGUUAAUCGAGAUUUGCAAAAAGCAAAGCAAUUGUCAGUUCAAGGCCCCUUUCUCUGCAUGACUGAUGUUCAGUUGAAAUCCUCCCAUUCAAUUUUUUACAACUGGAAAGUAAGUGAUUUACUGGUGAAGUUUGCAAUAAAAGCACGGUUGAGUCUACUUCCAACAAACUUCACAAAGCAUGUAUGGAAUCGUGAUAAUGACCCUUCUUGCCCCUUUUACCAUCAGCACACGGAAAGUGUCGCACAUCUGAUGAAUGGAUGUAGAGAGUUUCACAACUUUUAUAGUCGACGUCACAAUCGAAUUGCUGACAAAAUAUUUGAGGUGAUCUCAGGAAGUAUAAGUGGUUUCCAGUUUCAUGCAAACAAACUUGCAGAAUCAAUAAUAACGGAAUAUGGUGAUGAAUUACAGCGUAUUACGCAUCGUAAACCUGACAUCAUUAUCAUUGACAAUCAGUCACGUAAAUGCAUUAUCUUAGAGGUGACUGUCUGCUACGAUCUGUAUUUUGAGCAAGCACUGAACACCAAAGAGAAACGGUAUCAGCCGCUGUGCAGUCUGCUGCAGUCGUUAGGUUGGGAGGUGGAUUUGAAAGUGCUUUGCUUUGGCUCACUUGGUUGCAUCAAAAAGGAUGUUUGGACUGUUAUGAGAUCAUUGUCAGUAGAUAAGUUGAUUGUAAAGAGCACAUUACAGUGGUGCUCG